ACACCUGCAUAAAGCCUCACCUGUCCCAUCAGCAGCACAGAACCCGCUGCAUUCCUCUGGAUCCCACAUCACCUGCAACUAAAGACGAAAGUGGCAGCUCCAUCAUGGCCUCCAGCAUGUCCAUGAGGAACUUCUCUGUGACCCGCCAGCCCUCCUUCUCCUGUCGCUCUCUGAUGGACACCGGACGUGCCCGCUCCAGAGCCUCAGUCUCCUUCACUGCCAGCCCACUGACCCGUUCAGCUUCCAUUGGCCAAGAUUUAAACGGCCCAAUCAGCCUUCAGCUAAAUGGACUCCAUGGCAACAGCACCAAUGAGAAGGAGGCCAUGCAGAGUCUGAACAAUCGCCUGGCCAGCUACCUGGACAAGGUGCGUACUCUGGAACGCUCCAAUGCAGACCUGGAGAGUAAGAUCAAACAGCUGAUGCUCGACCGCAUCCCUAAAGGUCACGACCUCGACUCCAUGAUGGCUCAGGCUCAUGCUGUUGAACAGGAGGUGAGGAAGAAGACCUUGGAAAAUGCCCGUCUCAUGUUAGAGAUUGAUAAUGCCAAACUGGCUGCGGACGACUUCAGAAUCAAGUGGGAGACUGAGCUGGUGAUGUGUCAGUCUGUGGAGCGAGAUUGUGUGGCUCUGAAAAAGGCCAAAACAGACCACGAGCAGAUCAUCGCCAGCCUUAGAGGAGACCUGGACAGCCUGAAGGAGGAGCUCUACUUCCUCAAGAAAAACCACGAGGAGGAGAUGGAACAAAUGAGGUCUCGCAUAGCCAGAGAUGAGGUGAAUGUGGAGGUGGACACAGCUCGAGGACCAGAGCUGGGCACUAUUCUGUCCGACCUGCGCAAUCAGUAUGAAGGAAUUGUCAAGAAGAACAAGGAACAGGCCGAGCAAUGGUACCGCAAGAAGCUGGAUACAGUGCAGAAUGAGGUGAAGGAGAGCAACGAGGCUCUGAGAGGGGCCCAGUGCGAACUGACUGAGAGGCAGCGCUUCCUACAGACUCUGGAGGUGGAGCUGGAAAGCCUACACAAACAGAUUGCAGCUCUUGAGGGGAACCUGGGUGACGCGGGUCAGAAGUACUCCUCUGAGAUGGAGCGUCUGCAGUCCACUCUGACCCAGCUGGAGGACGAUCUUUCUCAGCUCCGACUGGAAAUGCAGCGCACCAAAACUGACUACGAACAACUGCUGCGCAUCAAGCAGAAUCUGGAGAUGGAGAUCGCCACCUACAGGCGCCUGUUGGAAGGAGAGGAGACGAUGAAGGAAGUUCCACCCCCUAAAAAGGAGCCUGAUGUUCGUACCAGGAAGAUUGUGAAGGUCGUGACACAAACAAUGGUUAAUGGAAAAGUGGUGGAUGAGUCUAGUGAGGUGGAACAAAUUGAGGAGACUAAGAAGUAG